GAAUUGUCUUCCUACAGAUACAGGUAAUUUUGUACUUCAACUGCAGCUGCGCUUGAUCUUUGGACAUGUUUACCCUGAUUGCGAGAGCUCAAAAGGCAUUCUGCUCUCCCUCGAUCCUCUAAGCAGGGAAAACGUGGAGGUGUUUGGUCGCUUCUAACUUCAUCUCUGUUUGGAUCCUAAUGAAUGAACUGGGCUGGCUAAGUGCUUUCAAAGUAGCGUGCCAGAGGCAUUGAGUGCACGCAUUGAAACGUGAGAGUGUCCUAAGUCCUGGAUCAGGAUGCUCGCCCCUGUGCUGUUGGCUCUGUCAGUGCUGUCCGUCUGCCUCUCUGGGGCCAGAGGAGGUAAAGUGCUGGUGUUCCCAGUAGAUGGCAGCCACUGGGUGAACAUGAACAUCAUCAUUGAGGAGCUGCACUCCCGAGGUCACAGCAUUACUGUAGUGCGAGACUCCAAUAGCUGGUACAUUAAAGAGGAGUCUCCCCAUUACGAGGUCAUCACUAUCUCCUCCAGUGAGAUGGUCGAGUGGACAACGAACUCCUUCAUGAAGAAAAUGCUUAACAUACGGAUAGAAGGCAAGCCCAACAGGGACAUGGAACAGUCAAGACUGGUACUGGAAGCAUUUUCUAACAUGCAUAAGGAUAUAUGUAGAAUGAUGUCUGCAAUGUUUGCUGAUGAGGCCCUGAUGCAGUCACUCCAAGAAGCCAAGUACGACUUAGUUCUGAGUGACCCUGUAGCACCUAGUGGAGCGUUCAUGGCCUACCAUCUAAAGCUCCCAUUGGUGCUCAACGUCAGGGGGACUAUUUUCGGAGACACUAACUUUCUUAUUGCCCCUUCUCCUCCGUCUUAUAUCCCUGUAUUUGGCACUGGGUUUUCUGACCGCAUGUCAUUCUCCCAAAGAGUAUGGAACUGGAUUGUAUUUAUGGCGAGUAAGCUGUACCACAAAGAGAUAGCUGCCCAUUUUUCAGAUUUCACUAAUCGUUUCUUUGGACCGGAUGUUGACUUUAUGUCAUUGCUCCAGAAUGCAGAUUUAUGGCUUGUACGAUAUGACUUCACUUUUGAGUUUCCACGCCCAACCAUGCCCAAUGUGGUCUAUAUUGGUGGUUUCCAAUGCAAGCCAGCUAGACCACUUCCUUUUGACCUGGAAGAGUUUGUCAAUAGCUCAGGGGAGCAUGGGGUCAUCAUCAUGUCCCUUGGAACUCUGGUUGCCGAGCUCCCUAGUGACCUCACGGAAGAGAUUGCUGCUGCUUUUGCUCAGCUUCCCCAAAAGGUUAUCUGGAGAUAUAAAGGGGCCAAGCCCUCCACUCUUGGCAACAACACCUUACUAGUGGACUGGAUGCCCCAAAAUGACCUGCUGGGACACCCAAAGACUCGAGUGUUUGUAGCCCAUGGGGGCACCAAUGGUGUCCAAGAAGCAAUCUCCCAUGGUGUCCCGAUAGUUGGCUUGCCUCUGAUGUUUGAUCAGCCAGACAAUCUGUUCAAGAUGGUGGUGAGAGGAACUGCUAAGGUAGUGGACAUUGCCACUCUGGACAGAGCAGUGUUUGUGGAGGCGCUAGAGGAAGUGCUCUAUGAGCCGUCCUACAGGGAGAACAUGCAGAGGCUCUCCAGGAUCCACCAUGACCAGCCCAUGAAGCCUCUGGACCGCGCCAUUUUCUGGAUCGAGUUCAUCAUGAGGAACGGAGGAGCUCCUCACCUGCGCACUCAGUCCUUCAGGAUGUCCUGGAUCGCCUACCACUCCAUAGACGUCAUAUUGACUCUGCUCAUGGCUCUGCUGCUCUUACUAUUGAUUAUGUUCCUGGCAAUCAAAAAAUGCUGUUCAGUUUUAUUCAACAAGAAAGUCAAAAGUGAGUAAAGCUUAAAGGGAUAUUCUGCCAUUUUUGGAAAUACGCUCAUUUUCCACCUCCCCUCGAGCAAAACAAUCGAUAUUUACCUUGUUCCCGUUCAUCCAGCCAUUCUGUGAGUCUGGCAAUACAACUUUUAGCUUCAGCCUAGCAUAGAUCAUUGAAUUGGAUUAGACCAUUAGCUUCUCACCUGCUAGCUUCAUGUUUAAAAGUGACUAAGAUUUCUGGUAAUUAUCCCAUUUAAGACGUGUCUCCUCUCACGUUAGAAAGUGCAAUAAGACCAACUGAAAAUGAGACCUGGCGUUUUUCUAGGCUGAUUUGACAUUCACCGAUGUUUCGUUAAGUUAGGCCCACGACACCUCAUGAAGGCUUAACAGUGAAACCAGCGUCCUGGAGUCACUCCCCUCCAUGCUGCCACCAUACUACCACAUUGCAACAAACAAACCAGCUAGUUUAGCUUGUGCUACGCUACAUGCUACCACCACAUGCUGCCUCCAUACUACCACAUUGCAACAAACAAACCAGCUAGUAUAGCUUAUGCUACGCUACAUGCUACCACCACAUGCUGCCUCCAUACUACCACUAGUUUAGCUUUUGCUACGUUACAUGCUACCACCACAUGCUGCCUCCAUACUUCCACAUUGCAACAAGCUGACUUGCUUGUCUUAGCUUGCGCAACAAGCCAACUUGCUUGUCAGCUUAAGAACCUUAACCAACACACCACACACACCCAUACUACCACAUUGCAACAAGCCGACUUGCUGGUCUUAGCUUGCGCAACAAGCCAACUUACUGGUCAGCUUGAAAACCUUAACCAACACACCAUAAACCUAGGCACCUUGUCUCAAACACAAAACAAAUAAGCCAGCUAACUUACCUUACCCCAGGAAGUAGAGUUUCUCCUUACCCACAACCAUUCACUUGCUCGUUCUGCUGCCAAAGACAUGUUACUAACCACUUGCCUUAGACUUCGUCCACGAAUGCCCAACUCAGACAGCAAGCCAAUAGCAGAUCUGGCCACAAACCCUCGUGCACCGACUUCAAUAGGCCUUAAUCUCACACUCCAACCUCGCUGCGCUGCCUCCUCUGCUAUUUCAGUGUAUUUUGCUCUCUUUAACUCAUUGGCCUCUUCUACUCUGUCUUCCCAAGGUACAGUUAGCUCGACCAGGAUAACCACUUUAUCUCUAUCAGACCACAGCAGCAAGUCGGGUCGCAACCUAGUGCUCACUAUAUGCGAAGGUACUGCCAUCUGCUGGCCUAGAUCAACCUUCAUUUCCCACCCCGCUCCAUUAGCUAAAGAGCCGUUUUUACACCUGGCCUUCGUGGAACGCUGUUGACCCCCCUGACGUACAAAGUUAAUUUGCUUACCAUCCUUACUUGCUGCUAAUGAAUUAACUUCUCUCCGCUUAUCCUCAAUUGCUGCUGCUAAGCAUUUCAGUACUUGGUUGUGACGCCAUGUAUAGCGCCCCUGGGUGAGGCUUACCUUGCACCCUGAUAGGAUAUGGUGGAGGCUGCCCACACACGAACAAAGUGUACAUUUAUCAUCCUCACCAAACCAUUGACUUAAGUUCUUGGGAGAUGGGAGCACAUCAUAUGUAGCACCUAACAUAAAUCCAAUCCUGCCAGCAUCCAUGCCCCAUAGAUCUUUCCAUUUAAUCUGCUUUUUUUCCACCCCUUCCCAGUUUACCCACUGCCCUUGUCUUGCCUGAGAUACUGCCUUGGUACAUCUAACAGUCUCCUCCUGCCUAUGCAUUUCCUCCACAACCAUUUUCCUCCUUUCUCCUGCAGAAGCCUUGCUCCACAAAGGUUUUCUUAUGUCUAAACCUAGACCCCCCCGCCCAUGCUGCACAUGACCCAUUAUGUCUCUAUGCCUCAAUGCUGAUUGAGCUUGCCUAACUGCCUGCUCUGGGUUCCACUUCCUCCCUGCCUUAACUGUAGGUGCAACUUUCCUCACCACUGGGUCCUUAGACUGAGUAAGAGUCAUUUCCAAUCUAGCCUUAGCACACUUAAAAAUAAUAAUCAAGGCAACUUGCAAAUAGGCACAGUGAUAUUGUACGCAGCAUCUGAAAAUAGUCCCCAUAGACAACAAGCAGUAGUAGUGCCAAUAGUUUGCAAGUUGCCUUGGUUAUUACGUCAGAUGAGAGUGUAGUUCCAUGUCAAAUCAGCCUAGAAAAACGCCAGGUUUCAUUUUCAGCGCAGAGUCUAAGUGCGCACAGUGUAAGUGCUCCCAAUGUUAUUCCGCCACACAAUAUAGUUAUGUUCCUUUAAAGGGAAACUAUGCAAGUUUGGCGAUUACAUUGCCGGUUUUGCUUUCGCUCGUUUUUACGCUGGCAGAUUUCUCUGCAGAGCUUCCCCUACAGCUUUAGUGUGUAUAUUUUACAACUCCUCAAUCGGUCAGUCUGCCUUUUCAUAAGCAUGAUCAAGAGGCUAGAGACUUUCUGUUUGUCAGUGCCACCGUCCCGGUGGCUUUUCCGCUUAGAGGCGCUAGGGGGAAGUGAGACAGCCGCCAUUCAACCUGAAAUAAGUCAAAAACCAUUCCAAUGACUCUGAAGCUGAUUAGUUAAGGCAAAAUAAGCUAAAAAAAAGGUAAAAGAGGUAUUUGGAAAUAAUAAUAAACAAUUUGCAGGGUACAUAGUUUACCUUUAAGACGUUUUCCCUUCAUAUUUGUCCCAUUGUCAUCGUCAACAAGUUAACAUCAUUGGCCAGGUGGCCCAUCAGAGGACAAGGCCCUGGGCGACAGCCCAAUCCGCCCAUCACUUCCGCACAUCUGCUUGUGUCAACAAAAUUACACUAUAGUAGAGGUAACGAAAGAGUUUACAGAUCCGACGAUGCGGGGUCAAUCCAUAAGAGUUGCAUAUUGAGAGUUUUUAAUGCAACACGUCGUUUGCACCUGUCGGCCACACAAUAACAUAUCAAAUCCCAGAAAAAGUUAACCUGACUUUCGCCAGAUCCUGUAGUUCGCUGUCUGCUUCACACAAGGAUCUGGGACUUCUCGAUAGGAGAUGUAUUUCUGAAGGCGGGUCCUUGUAAAACAUCCUCGCAUGUGAUUUGAUAAAACACUUGCCUGUUAUCUUGAAUGACGUGCUAGGCUUCUUCAAGCUCUUGCCAAACCCGGUCGGAAGAAGAGUAAAAACAUCCUUGCCACCAAUAAAUGUCUUCAAAACUAUUCUCUGUUAAUCUUUUAAAGAAUGAAUACUCGAUAGAUUCGACAAAACGGUUGAAAUAGCAGAAUCAAUGUCAGCACAAGACUCCUCGCUGCGUGCCGCCAUUGUUAUUUGAAUCAAACACUCGCUUCGGCGCUCCUGAUUGGUUGCUCAUUUUUUGAUCACUGGCAGGGGUUCGGAUUGCCCUCGCGUCCAGACCCUUGUGUGGAGCUCAGCGAAACGCCUCUGGUGGAGCAUGGCGGAACUACAAGGGUCUGGCGAGAGUCAGGCUAAGAAAAAGUUACCAUGGUCUGGAUUUUCCAGGCUACCAUUCUGCCAGUUGUGGUUGUUAAAUUGUUGUCAUGUCAUGUGCCAUGUAAAUAAGGCAAAAGUGCAAGGAUAUAAGAGGAUUUAUUUUUAAUUUGAACAACUUUUAAUAGUUUUAUAGUUCAAUCGGGCACAAUAUCCCAAUGUAAACAGGCCAGACUGCCAGAGAUGAAAUUCAACUGACAUUUGAAAUGUUUCAAAUCACUUUUGGUUUGGUUUAUGAAAAGUAUUGUUUACCUACCAGCACUAGGACUACAGUACAUAGCAACAGUGAUGUAUAAAGUACUAGAGAUCCAGACUUGAGUAGAAGUACAAGUGCUCUAUCAAAAAAGUGACUUGAGUAGAAGUAGAAGUGCUCUUUAAAAACCGUACUUUAGUGGAAGUACUAAAGUAUUAAACAUGUUUUGUACUUAAGUAUUGCAAGUAGUUUAUUUUUUAAAAUACUACUCAAGUGCUGGAAGUAAAAGUAGAAGUAUUGUGAUUGUGUAAUUAGCUGACCCUUGCGAGGCUACCGCCGUUCAUUCCGACAUAUCAGCACUCCGACAUUGAUGUCCAAUUGUCGUAGUGGAGGCAUGUCUCUUUAUGGGAGAAAGUCCCACCACUCCGACAUUUUUUUUUUUCAUGGUCGCAGUGGCGGUAUUUAACUAUUUUUUCAAACAACGUGCCAUUCCGACAUGAGGUCAUUAAUAGGCUAUAAUGUCAUAACUAUAUGACAUUGUGUAAAAUAAUAAAGAUUCACAUUUAAAAUGUCAUUGUGAAGACUUCUUGAUAUGGUUAUGUGUCUGUUGCGUGCACGACUUGGGGAAGUUCUAUAGACAUGGCGUUUUCUUCUCCGUCUCAUUAUUCGCGGACUAAGUGGAGCUAGAUUAAGUUAGUAUUUUGCUGUCACUUCGUCUGUUUUAUGGCCUAGAAGGUUGUAUAUGGUAUCUGUGGGUAGCUCUAGCUCUCCUCUUUUAUCUGACAUGCAAGCUGUAUCUUUUUAACCACGGUUUCAAGAGUAAAUCAAACGAAAUAGCGGUAUAGCCGAAGCUAUAUGAUUCUUAUUUGUUUGUCACUUCGUCUGUUUCUAUAACACAAAAGGAUCGAUGUGUUUGGUAUCAAUGGAAAGCUCUGUUUCUCCUCUUUCAUUUGAUAUGCGUGUUAUGUCUGUGCGAUGCCUGGUCCCGGAGUAAUUCAAGCGAGAGCAGUGGCUGCGUGGGUGAACGCAGAGCAAUAUAGACUGUAAAUAUGAUACUUUCAUUUUAUUUUUAUUUGCAUAGGCUACUUGAUCGUACAGACACGUGUCUAGUCUCGUUGGAAAGCCCCGGUUCUGAGCUCUUUCAUGCAAUAGGUCUCAUCUCGCUGUGACUAAUAAUCGCGGAGCAAUGUAACAGAGAAUAAUGGGUGUGUUUUUUGACGCACUUUGCGUCCGUCGGGCUCAGGGUCCGUUAAAUUGACGUGGAAAAAAAAUAGGAUUUGUAAACUGUCGGAAUGGGGGUACUAAAAUGUGUCGGAUUGGCAGCAUGUCGGAAUAACACCAUGUCUGAAUAGCGGCAUGUCGGACGAAAGGGAUGUCGGACUGGCAGGAUGUCGGACUGCCGACAUGUAACCGAUUUGCGAACGAGAUGGGUGCAAAAGGUAUCAGCACAAUCGUUCAGUGCAGGCCCCUUGGCAGACACACGGGGGCCAUAGCCUAGGCCCUAGACUAGGCUAUAAACAUGUGGUAGUAGUUAAACAAGGUGAAUAAAUAUAACUGUAUGGGUUUCCCAAUGUCAUUUGUAGGGGUGUUGACCGAUACAACUCACUUUUAAUACAAUAAUAGGUAUGCAGAAUCAUUGAUCAUCUGUAGCCAUCUAUCUAUCUAUCUAUCUAUCUAUCUAUCUAUCUAAUGCAUCAGUCAGUAGCCAUAGCAUGAAAAAUACAUGAUAAGACUAUAGUGUCACAAUUGUUUUAACAUAAGUUAAGAAUUUUGAUACUGAUGAUUUGAUAUGGGAGCCCCACCACACCAGUGGAGACCAGACAUUACAAGGCAUACUUCCCCACACUCAGUGAAAAGGUGGCUUCAUAUCAUAUGUUUGUAUUUCAAACAUUUUGAAAUUCAUAUGAAGUUUACAUUAGGCCUAUUUAUGAUCUGCACAAUUAGUUAAAAUACAUAGUAUGUUGAGUAUUUGAUAUUGAUUUUUUAUUUUGACUCACAUUUUACACGAUUGUCAUUUUGACUUACAUUUAUCUUUAAUGUCAAUUGUCUAAUUGAGUGCCUGUCACUUUAAAAGAACAUGAGAGUAAUUAGGCCUCAGUCGUGGCAGGUUAUCCGGCUAGUCUAGAAUAGGCAUAAUGCAUAGGAAUAUGUGGAGGUGAUGCUUAUGUUUUCUAUGUAAUCUAUGUAGUUUAAAUAAAUGUUCUAAAACCAAACAAGUGGAAGAACACAAUAUUCAAGUAGUAGGCUAGGCUAGUUAUUGUGGGGUGCUACACAGACUGAAGUCGGAGACCAAGAAUAAAUGUUGUAAUUUAAAAACGGGAUUACUCGAGAAUGACUUAUUGUACAAAUUAAUGCUUCUCAUGUAGCCUAACUUCACCUUGAUUUUCUCGCAAACCCUUAAUUACAGCAACUAUUUACUCCCAUUGGAAAGCUCAGGUCAUGCUGUCAACAAGUGACACGCAUCAGUGUGACUAGGACUUUGUGAGCAAUCCAGAACGGAUUUGUUCGUGACCGACACACCAGUAACGAGUAACGAUGGAGCACAUAAAAAAUGUAUCGGAGUAAAAGUACUAUACUCAUCAAAAAUAUGUAGUGAAGUAAAAGUAGAAGUAGGAGAAAAAAAUAAUACUCCAGUAAAGUACAGAUACUGCAUUUCAGUACUUAAGUAGAGUACUUAAGUAGUUCUACUUCGUUACUAUACAUCUCUGCAUAGCAACUUACAGAACAGAUAUUAAGAUAGACAUCUAUCAGUAGGCUACUUAUCAGUACAAUCAGAAUAGUCAUCUACUGUACUAUCAGCUUUCUACGGCUGCAGAAAUAUCUACAUGUACAAACAGAACAGGGGAUUGGUACAUUCUUGUACCAAAUACUUGAUGGUCAGGAUUGAGGUUUGAAUGAUUUAUUCAAGCUGCUUCUCAUGUAUCUGACAUUAGCAUAAAUCACGACAGUACAAAAUCACACCCAUCACCGGACAUGGUUCCACUCAUCAUUGGACAAGGCCUGAUAACAGCUGGAUGUUUCACACCAGGCAAUAUCAUUCAGUUGUCAGGAAAUGCUAAAGUCACCAAGUGGUCAUUGGCUGUCUUGGCUGAAGACCACUCCCACUUGUCUUCUGGCCUCGUCCAUGACCUCUGUCAGAAGGGCGGAAUCAGCCAAAGGCAUCCUGAUGCUCUCCUUCAAUCCUGAGAGAAAGGUCAAAAAGGUCAUAGGUCACAGGUCACAGCGUUCUUAAAGGUUGCUAGUUAGUUUGUGUGUGUAUGUGUUUGUGUUUGUGUAUAUGGUGGGGGAGGAGGGUAAUGUUAUGAAAACCAGAGAUCUAAAAUGGCCAGAAUUUUCCUUUAAGGCAUCAGCAGGGGGGUUACCUAUCACACAGUACAUAUCCCGCACAGUCAUAUACCAGCUAUAACCACACUCAACAUCAACGCACCCUUAUCCAAGCUGGGUUUGAGACCCACCUUGGACCCUUUAAGGAUUUCAAGGAAUGUACUGUAUAUAGUUGCAAACUGAAAUAUAAUCUUAAUUGCUAAAAUUACCAACAUUCAAAAACCCUUCUUGUGCUUUCUGUAACUUAUGAACAGUUAUUCAAGGACCCGCAUACAGCAUGUUACAGACAUUCGGUAGUUACAGCAUUUCAUAGUCAUCCUACACCUUUAUAGCUUCUCUUUUGUGCUCUGUGCUUUUGAUGGUGAGGAUGCAGGGGAGAGAGGCUAUUUUAAGCUUGGACUGAAAUGAAAAUUGAAGUGUGCCUCAUACUGUGCGAAAUUGCCUGCGCUCUGAAACUGGCACCCUUGACGCCUGCUCUCUUGAACAUGUAACCAAGUUUGUGAUCAAGAGCCAAGAGACAGCAAUGCACUCGACCAAUGAUAGAGGUGAGGAGUUUUACAUUUCAAUUUCAUAUAAAGAAACUAAACUUCCAAAGAGCAUGUGCUUGUUUAAUUUGCUGUACAUUCCUGACAUUGAACAAUAGUGCCCUCUUAGAGCAAUGUCAGGCAUUCAGAGCUCAUUGUGGUCUUAGUGCAUGAACUUGUGACUGUCUACUGGGGGUGCCUCUCAAACUCUCUCCUCGAUCCUCGAUCCUCGAGGGGUGUUCCCAACUGAUCUAUAACUAACACUGGAUAGACUAUCCCAUUGUUGCCGCCCCAUCAUUCUUUAUCUAGAUCAGUGAGGACGAGGAUCGAGGAAGGAAGGGAGGGUGUAUAAAAGACCAAAUGAGAGGCACCCGUGGUGUUGUCAGACAUAUGAAUCAAGGACCAAGCAAUUCAAAUGUCGACAGCACACUUGAUUUGCUCAAGUCCUCCAGGGUUGAAACUCUAGGAGUGUGCAGAUACUUACAGUACUCAUCUCCUUUGUACCUUUUGUAACUCUCACCUGUGCCCUGAAUCUGUGAGCCACUGUCAGCCUUAACAGGAUAGGCACACGUGACAGAGCCGUACCUUUGAGCAGACACUGGCGCACCUCCUGGGCCUCGUAGCGUAGGCCGGUACUGUUGGUGAAGUUCAUGGGCAUGCAGGGCUCAGGCAGCGGGUACUCCGUCUCCUUCCCAUUCACCACCAGGGCUGAA